AGAAUAAACACACACACGAAGGAAAAAAUGAAAAUAAACAAAAGACAACUCUAUUCGAUAAAUUUUUUCAUAAAUAAGUCGCGGCGCCAAUAUGUGCCAGUUCUAUGUAUUAUCAUUAGUGGCGCCAUCUACUAAAACUGAAUUGCUCUUAAACAGUUCUCUUUACCCACACAGAGGUAACAAUAUUAAUACAUGUGUCCAAGCCAAAUACCAACGAAACUGCCAACUAAACUCGAAACCAUAUUUCUAACAUUUGAAAAAAAAAAACACUUUUUACAGUGAGAGAAAUACAUCAUCAAAUUUGCGAAAAAAUAAAGGUAUAUGUGUGAAAGCCUAGUUACCCAUAAUUAUGUUAGGCUCAAACCUCUUAGGUAUACGUUCAUGAGCGGACGACUUUAGAAAAAACAACGCAGAUGACGACCAACGUGGGGUUUUAGUCGGUGCAAGCCCGAUAUAACUUAUACUCUCACCCAAAAAGAGAUAAGCGUGCGUUAAGCAUUUCCCCACGUUAAACAAAAAAAAGACAACAAGAGGACUGAGUACAUAUCAGUCAGUUAACAUCCUGCUAAAGGGUGAAUAUAUAAAUAUUAUAAAUGCUAAUGUUUAGAAUUUAGAUGGAUGGAUGGCUGGAGGGAUUGAUGGAUAUGUUUUUAUUGUCAGGCAUCCCCAGACCAGAUGGUUAGAUAACCAUAGAUGUAGACCAUAGUCAGUAAGUACAUGUAGGCUACUAAUUGUUUUUUUUUAAAUUUCGUGCCUCGAAGUCGCGGGCAUUAGGUAGUCUUUUCUUUAAUUUAAAAAAAAAUACCAGAUUGUUGUUAACUCACUAGAAAUAUAGUUUCUAGUACCAUUGCAAAUAAACUCUAGCCUUGUGAUUUUCAAUUCAGUUAUUAAAAUUUAUUCUACCUGUGUUCUUCUAAUAUCAUUAAUAAAUAAUGUAAACACUGACGUAUAACAGUAUCGUACGAAUUUCCAUGUCCAUUGUAUGUAGAUAAGUUAGGUAGGGUAUUGAUAAAACCAAAACAGUCAAAAUUCUGGCGUGUACAGGUCAAGAGAAAUUUACACUAACUGUAAAAUAAAUAUUAUAGUAAUGAAAAAGGGGAAAAAAUCACCUCUGCUAUUUAAAGAUUACAAAUAAAGAAUAUUUUUGAUUGAAGCUAUAGAUGGAUAUCUAUCGAUUGCAGUUAUCUGACCCGGUAGGCUUAAUUGACACUACAUUGAAUUAUCUCAUUAACCCUCCCCCCUCCAUUAUCAAUGACAAAAAAGGAUGACAACAUCUUUUUUGUAGUGUAGCUGUCAUGUCAUUUUCUACGCCAAAUCUGGUUUUAAAUAUCUUUUAUAGAACUAUCAGCGAUAGCAGCUCCUAUCACUGGGCCAGAUAUGUUAAUCAGACUAUAUCUGUUUGAUCGCACACCGUAUAAAUUAUGUGUAACCCGACGUGUAAUCAGUUAAUUUACCUUUGUAGUACAUUGAUCCAUCGGAACCACAAUGUUAGGUGCAUUGCGUUACAAAUUGCGCAUUGUAUAAUGAUAUGAUAAAUUCAGCAAUGUCCUGCAAUUACAUGCCAAAUGUCGGUAGAGGUUGCGCAUUCGUACGUUACAAGACAGGUUAACUAAUAGGUUGAAAGUACACAUUUUCGUGCAUUUUACAUUCACAUUAGCAAUGGGCAUUUUAAUUACUGAAUAGAAAUAUAAAACAAAGGAAAUAAAGUAAAUUUAAAAUUAAAUUAUUUGAGCAGUGGUGGAGUCCGCAGCAGUAUUAGCUGCCACGACCACGUAUAAGGCGUAAAGUGGAUGUAUUUCCGCGAUUCGUCUGAUGAAUGUCCUUGCUAGAGGCGAAAUUAAUGUCUUCUUCACCUCCCCUUUUCUUACUAGGAAGGAAUGGAAUGGAAAAGUGGAGAUGACAGGGGAGGGGUCGAAUAGAAAAUAUUCUCUUUCUAUACAUACAGUAAUUGCUGAGUUUUUUCUUAUAUAUAUAAAACCAAUACAUUAAACUAUUCAAUCUGUUCAACCGUCCAUCAAAAAUAUAUAUGCGUGCAGUGUCUUUUCCUUGGCUGGUUUUGAUCGAGGUAGCAGAUAAACAGAAUAAAAAGAAUACAAAAUAAACAACAUGCAGCCUUCAGUUGCUGAAUUCUAUACCGGAAAAAAUAUUUUAAUAACUGGAUCUACUGGAUUUGUUGGCAAAGUACUAGUGGAAAAGCUAUUGAGAAGUUGUGGUGGCAUCAAUAAGAUUUAUUUAUUAUUGAGGCAGAAAAAGGGAGUAAGCAGCGAGGAUAGAUUGAAGGAACUAUGCAAUAAUAAGUGUUUUGAAAAUUUAAGAACGAAACAGCCUGAGGUGUUUAAUAAGCUUAAACUUGUACCGGGCGAUAUACUAGAAGAUGAGCUUGGUCUGUCAAACGACGACAGGCAGGAGUUGCAGAAGAAUUGUAAUAUUAUCUUUCACAGUGCGGCUUGCGUCAGAUUUGACCAAAAAUUAAAGGAUGAAGUUAACUUGAACACUACGGGUACUUUGCGCGUUUUAGAAUUAGCUAAGACCAUCGAGAAUCUAGAGGCGUUCGUGCACCUAUCGACGGCGUACUGCCGCUGCGAGCUGCCCGUACUCGAGGAGAAGCUGUACCCCGCAAUGCACAGCCCACGGCGUGUCAUGGACAUCGUGCAGUGGAUGGAUGACGAUAUGCUCAACUACUUAGAGCCCAAGCUCAUUGCUUCGGAGCCAAACACAUAUUCCUACACUAAAGCGAUUACGGAGAAUUUAGUGGCCGAAUACCAGAACGAAUUUCCAAUUGCUAUCGGCAGGCCAUCUAUUGUGACUUGUUCAUGGAAAGAACCAAUGCCCGGUUGGGUAGACAAUAAGAAUGGACCUACCGGAAUUCUUAUUGGGAGUGGAAAGGGCGUGAUUCGCACAAUGCACUGCGAGGCUUCAUACCAUGCGGACGCCAUCCCAGUCGACGUCGUCGCCAACGGGUGCAUAUUGAUUGCCUACGCUACUGCUAUUGACAGGGCUAAAGAAAUGCGUAUUUAUAACAUAACACUGUCCGGUAUAAAGAAGAUAACUUGGGGUCAAAUUAUUGAAAUAGGUAAAAAAUGGAUUAUCAUAUACCCUUACACGUUGGCGCUGUGGUAUGUAGGCGGCACCAUCAAGUCUUACUGGCUGACGCAUCAGUUUUGUCUUAUCUUCACUCAUCUGCUGCCAGCUUACUUCGUUGAUGCUCUGCUGUUCCUUCUGGGAAAGAAAACUUUCAUGGUAAACGUUCAAAAGCGUAUCAGCCAUGGUCUCAGCGUUCUCCAGUACUACACGACAAAGGAAUGGCACUUCAAGAACACCAACUUCUUAUCUUUACAAAAGAGGAUAAGUAAAGAAGAAAACGAUGUAUUUUAUACUGACGUCAGCGCUUUGGAUGAAGAGGAAUAUUUGAAAGAUUACGUCCUUGGCGCCAGACACUACGUUCUCAAAGAGGACCCUAACAAUAUGCCGCGUGCUAGAAAAUUGAACAACAUACGUUACGUGGUGGACAUGAUCACUAAGAUUAUCCUCGUUGGACUCUUCCUUUGGUUCUUAUACUCGCGGAUUCCGGCGAUGACUUCCUACGUUGCUUCAAUUGACAAUUCCCUAAGAAACUGGCUGAAUGGAGAUAAAUCAUAUGCUUCGAUCGAAUGAAAUAAUAAAAAAACAAUCAUUUUUAAAUAUAUUUUCAUUGUAAAUUUUUUACAUACUGGUAACAAGAAUAUGGAGAAUAUUGUACAUUUAUAAUUCAUCAAAUAAACUUCCUCAAAGGACAUCAAAACUAAAUAUCCUUGUUUCAUUUU